AAUGCAACGAGUACCUCCCACAACUCUCAAAGAUACUUUUAAUAAGGUUGUGAUUCCUAAAUAAUCAUCUCAACCUAACAUUUAUCCAGAAUAUAAUAAUUUCUUUCAUAUCCCUCCUAAAUUUUAGCAAUAGCGUUUAACUAUUAAAUAAAGCGUACCCACUUCUAAAUCUAUUGAAGAGAAACGUUAUAAAUAACAUAAAAAUAAUAUAUCAGAAAACACUAAUAAUCGUACUAAUAGCAGUUCCAAAAGUCGUGUUCUUGGAACUAUUUAAAUUGAAGAUGAUUCAUCACAAACAUCUCUCAACUGUUUAAAACUGAAAAAACUAGUAGGAGAUACUCAAUUAUUUUAAACUAAUGUUCUUUAACAACUGUAAUCCUAAUUUAAUUAUAUAGAUCUAAAUAGAAUCUAAAUACCAAUCUCACUUGUGAUUCUCAAAGUCCUGGAUAAAAAAAACCUAUUCAGAAAAAUCAAGAACUCUAUAAUCUUAAUACUUAAAUAUAAUCCAUCAUUAUCAAAAAAAAAUAUCAUUCUAAAUGGGAAAUUUAUAAAGAAUUAUUAUUAAAAUAAUGCAAUCUAUUAAAUGCAUAUAAACAUUAGUUUAUACAAUCUACUUCAUUUAAUGAUAUAUCUAUUAGAAUCAUUAAUAAUUUGUUUGAAAUGAUGAAUAAUAUUUCAAUUGAGAUCUUGUGUGAAUAAGAGUCUAAAUUUAAUGAAAUGAUUGAUAAAAUUAAUAAAGAAAAAGAAAUGUCUUUUAAUAAUUAUAAAAUUAUUGAAAAAGAAAGAGAUUUAUUAAUUGAUACACUUAACCAACUUAAAUCACCUAAAUAAUCAACUAAUACUAAUUAAAGUGUGGACACUAUUUAAUUAAAAGAAAUGUAGAAUGUUAUGCAAAUUAAAUUAUAGUAAAUGAGUGAUAAAGAAGCUAAAUUAAUUAAAUUAGUUUUAGCAAUUAAAAGAACUGGAAUUGAUAUUGAAAAAAUUUAUAAUGAAGAAGUACUUAAUGAUGAGAGUCUACAUGAAUCUAAUGAUUAAUAACUUGAAAUUUAACAUUGUCAUUUUGAUAAAAAUGAUCAUGAUGCUGAUAAUUCUGUUGUUAAUGAUUCUGAUGAAUCAAGUUUUUGUUUUCUUAAUAGAUUUGAUAAUGAUUCAAUUUUAGAAAGUGUAAGAUAGUUUUAAUAUAAAAAUAUCAAAAAUCUCGAAGUUAAAACAAAUAAUGUAAAACUUAAAUUAGAUCUAUCGAAUAUAUAAUAAAAAUUAUAAUCUACUUAGAUAAAAUAAUAAAAUAAUAAUAAUAAUUAAUCAUAAACAAACUAAAUAAAUUAAUAAAAACUUAAAUUACCUGAUAAUUAAACUUCUAUUGGUUUCCAUUAGGAAUUCAUGUAAAAAUUAAAUGAAUUUUCUGAAAGUUGGAGAAUUUAAGCAUUAAAAGAUGAUAAAAGAACUAAAACUUGA